AUGUGUUUAGUAUUUCGAGUACUUGGUGAAUCUAAUGGCUACUACUGUACGGGUUCAAAUAGUGGUAAUAUACAUUUUAAAUGCAUAAAAACACCGUGCAACGGCACUCUGUGCGAAACAAUAAUCGACUACUUAGAAAAACCAAGACCGGACGUAAUUAUAGAUACCAACAUUAAAGUACUGUUGAAUCUCGAAAUCGAAAACAUUUCUACUAUCCACCUUAGUCCGUGGUAG